GGAGAGAGAGAGAGAGAGAGAGAGAGCAAAGCUUUUAAGAAGACAUGCCGGCUAGCGCAACACUGAUCGGAGCUCUCCUGGGUUUCGGCACCCAGGUGUACUCAAACGGCCUCCGUAAACUUCCUCUAAUGAGGCAUCCGUGGGAGCAUGUUUUAGGGAUGGGCCUCGGCGCAAUCUUUGCGAACCAGCUCGUCAAAUGGGAUGUCAAGCUUCAGGAGGAUCUUGACAAGAUGCUCGAGAAGGCCAAGGCAGCCAACGAGCGCCGUUAUCUUGAUGCAGAUGAAGAUUAGCACCUCUGUGGCCUGUGUUUGCUGGACAGUUUAGUUGCAUGUGCGUGGAACCUCUAUGCUGGUUCAUCCUUUUGGGUUAUAGACACAGACAAUUCACUUUAUCUCAUCUGUUGGCUUGCUGUUUGUAAUCUUGUCCACCCCUCCCCCCAGGGUACUGAAUUUGCUUAAGCCCUGUGCAACACUCUGCAAUGCAUUGAAAUGCUAAUGGAGAAAAAUAGG